GAGGAGGCAUCAGUAUCUCAGUACUACCACGGUAAUAUACAACCAACAAACCACCAAAAUCAACAUGAAGUUCUUCCAAGCCGCUGCCGUUCUCCUGGCCAUGUUCGCCGCCCUCGCCAAUGCUGAGCCCGUUCCCCAACCCGGAACCGUGCUCAUCCAGACCGACAACACCCAGUACAUCCGCACCGGUUAGGACUGGAGAAAGACUUUGACUAUGUGCUUACCCAAUUUGAUUUUUAAAUAAAAAAUUAAAAUUUA